UGUGUGUGUGCAGCUAAAGGGUGUGUGUGAGUAAGUGUGUGUGUUUGAGUGUGUGUGCCUUGAUUCUUACAGCUGUGAGGGUAUAUGACGAUAGGAGCAGGGAGUAACGGGAGCGACGGCAGGAAGGAAGGAGGCGUUGGAUUCAGAUUCCUGUCGCUGCAAAUCACAGAGAGGACCUCCAUCUUUGUUUCUGUCAGGGAGAGGAGAGGCUGAGGGGAGGAAGAGAAGCAGACACUGAAGGAGACACUGAAGGAGACACUGUAGGAGACAUGGAUGGAGUUUGAGUCCUUGCUGAUUCUCCGGUGUCAUGGCGUCUCAGGAGGCGUCCUCCUUCAGGAGGUUCUUCCAGCUCGUGGAGGACAGCGGGCUCCGGACCUACGAUGGUCUGGUGAUCCAGAACGCCUCGGACAUCGCCAGAGAGAGCGACCGCAUCCGGACCCAGAACACCUGGACCUACCUGCAGGAGAAACACCAGAAGAAGAGACGCCAGGAGGAGGCCAUCAAGAGGAUUGGUGAAGAUGUCGCCAUGGCAACAGAAGGGGCGUACUCUGGGAAACACUUCAGGAUGGGUUUCAUGACGAUGCCGGCUAAACAGGAGCGCCUCCCCCCCCCCAGCCAGGGCUUCACUGUCCGAUCCCAGUCCCUGCACUCGGUGGGCGGGGGGGACGAGGACUCCAAUCCCAACAGGAAACAACCCCCCCCAAAACCCAGGAGAGACCCAAACACCAAACUGAGCGGCAGCUCCGAGGCGGUGAACGGGGGGGCAGGAGCCAGGACUGAAGAUCCGGAGAGCCGAGAGACUCCUGAGCCGGCCGAGGCUCGAUGCCAUCUCUACAACGAGGACUACAAGAAAAUGCCUCCUCCCAAACCCAAGAGGAACCCGAACACUCAGCUCAGCACCUCCUUCGACGACUCUUACAUGGGCAACCUCGGCAACAGGAAGGCUUCGAGUCCGGCAUCGAGAGACGGCGAGGAGCCAGUCUACAUCGAGAUGGUGGGAAACAUCCUUCGUGAGCUGAGCGGUCGGGAGGACGACGAGCAGAGCGAGGCGGUCUAUGAGGAGAUGAAGUACCCGAUGCUGGAGGACUUCCUGCAGGACGCUCACAGUGCCAUCAUGGACUCUGAAGUCUGGGAGACCCGGGGUUGCGACAUCCCUCCCCCAUUCCCCAACCUCCUGACGCAUCGCCCACCGCUGUUGGUCUUCCCCCCCGCCCCUGCUCAGUGCUCGCCAAACUCAGACGAGUCGCCCCUCACCCCUUUGGAUGCCGGCCGGCUGCCCGUCAUGGAUAACGUUUCCUUCAGCAAGUCAGGCGGUGCUGAACAUCCACAGAUCUCCGCCCACCAUCGCAAGGACAAAGACAGAGACCGGGAAAAAGACCGGGACCGGGACCGGGACAGAGACCGGGACCGGGACCGAAACCGGGACCGGGACCUGUCCUCCACCUACACCAUCACCUCCUCCGGACGCUCCUCAGCUCCGCCUCUCCACUCAAACCCCUACAAGUCUUCUGGCUCCACCCACAGUGGUCAUGGUUACCCGCGCAGCCAAUCAGCAUGUCCGUCCCCGGUCAGCAUGGGGCGCUCUCUGACUCCUCUGAGCCUGAAGAGGCCGCCGCCGUACGACGCUCUUAUUGCGGGAGGAAGUAUUCCUCGCUCUUCCUCUUCCUCUUCCUCAUCCUCCCACCGCGGAGGAGGGGAGGGCGGAGCCAGACUCAGUAACUCCUCCUCCACUCACGGAUCAAUGCAGAACGUGUCGAUGAGGUCACAGACUCCCACCAGCCCAUUGGACGAACUCAACCAUCUGUUCACCUCAGGAAGACAUGUGACCAAGAAGGGAGGCAGGAAGAGCCGUGGAAGUGAAGGAGACUCCCGGUCUCUGCCGAGGCACGGAACCAGAGACAGAGAUGGACAGAGCAGUCCGGUUUCAGGCCGGAUGGGGAGGUCGUCUGUCAGUCCGACCAUGAUGCUGUCCGGAGGUUCAGGAGAAUCAAAGUCAGUUUGUAAACUCGGCCGCUCGGCGUCGACUUCAGGAGUUCCUUCAUCUCAACGUCCCGUGCAGGACCCCCCCCACCCGGCCCUCAGACAGAUGCCCUGGUUGUGCGGAGACGCCACCAUGAUGGAGAUGAUCGAGAGGAAGCGAGUUCUGUGUCGGGAGAUUAAAGGCCGUCAGCGCCCGGAGAAGAAUCUUCUGAAACAGGACAGCCUUCCCAUCCUGCCCAGCUGGAGGAGGAAGCCUCCGCCAUACUCCGCCCCCCCCAACACACACACCCCCACCGUGUUCUGGGACACCGCCAUCUGAAGCACAAACACACACACACACAGACUGGUGCAGGUGUUGUCCUGUCCGUCCAAUCAGAGCGCAGGAUGUGAAGGUGUAGCAGAGGUUUCCUUUCUACUCGUUAUUUUUCUAUUUGACACUGAAAAGAUUCAGACGGUUUUAAAGUCUGACCGUCGUGUAGCACAUCGUGUAAAACAAUAUGAGUAUCUGUGUGUGGAUAAGAGUCAAUCAUGUUUUUGUAUUUUAAAAAUCUGUGACGCCCGUCUGUGCGUGGAAGAAAAGUGGUGAGAUUUUAUAUUAAAUACAUUUUAUUAUAAUGAAAAAAUAUUUUAAAUUGAAAGUUGAGAACAUUUUGGCAUGUUGUUGUUCUGGUCUCACCGACUGUCCCAAAACACACACUAACUUCAGAUUCAUUUCAGAUUCAUUUCAGAUUAACUCGACAUUAACUCCAAAUGUUCUCCAGAUCUACUUCAGAUUAACUUAAUUUUAACUCCAGAUUAACUCCAUAUUUACAGAAGGUACUGAAGGUCACUUGAAGUUUUACUGAAGGUCACCUGAAGGUACUGAAGGUCAUCUGAGUUACUAAAGGUCACCUGAAGGUUCACUGAAGGUCAUCUGAAGGUCAUCUGAAGGUUUACUGAAGUUCAUGUGACAGUGUGUGUUUUCGGGCCGGUGAAGGAAUAUCUGUUUUCUGAAAGAAAAUGUUUACUAAUCUUUGUGAUGGAUGUGAACGAGCUGAUUCAUUAGCAUGUCAAAUCAAUGGUAAGACUGAAGCAAAGCAUUCUGGGAUACGAUGAUGAAACCUGUAAAUCAGUUUUAAGCCAUCGGGAGAUUAAAUGUUUAAAUAUGCACUAAAA